GCUCCGGCGGUCAGGUAGUCCUACGGCCCGAGCCCCGGGUCUUUCACUCGCCAUGGCUGAGCGGUGUGGAGGCCCGAGGGCCUGCCUGGUCGGCCUCUUGGCCGGGCUAGGGGUCCGGAGAGAGCACAGCGGGAAGGAGACCUCGGAGGCCGCAUACCGGGAUAGGUCUCGGGGUCGCCGGAGCUGCUCUGACCUAGCCCAGCGUACCACCAGCAAUGUCAGCCCCAAGGCCCAAGCCCAGAGCUGCUCAGAAUGGGACAUCCAUGUAGGCGGCCCUGGUGAUUUCUGGAUUUGGAAGCGACAACGCAUCUCAGGGCGUCCUGCUCAGUCCCUGGGGCGCCUACAGAGGCCAGCGGUGGGCAGCUCCUUCGACCUGGCCAGCCAUGCCUCCGUGGGGCCUGAGAACCUGGCCCUGGCUGUGGCCUCAGAAGAGCCUGCUGGUGCCAGGCACCCCCCAUCCCCAGGGCCUGCUCCUGGACAUGGGGAUCAGGGACCCUCAGGCUGUACCUGUCAGCAGUCCCCACCCACAGCCCCAGAGGUCCCUCUGAGACCUGAGUUACCCAGCAACCUGGAAGACGCACCCCUGUUGCCCCACCCUGCAUCCUUCCCCAGGGCAGAGGGAACAAAGGGCAAGCCUGACACCCCAGGGACUGCCUUGCCAGAGCCUGCCCAGACCCUACACACAUGUCCCUCCUCCAGGAGGACCCGCUACUACAUCACUGUCACCCUGCUGGGGUACAGGCAAGUACCUGGGGAGGAGGGCGAAGAACCGGCCCAACCAGCUCCACACCCCUGCGGCCCUGAGGAAUCCGAGGGCUGGUGGGAGCCUCCCCAUGGGCCCCGCCCCAUCACGGGGUGCUGGCCGGCCCAGCCCCAGGAACCCCAGCUGAGAGCCCAAUCGCAUCAGGGGAGCAUGGCCCAGCGGCAGGAGCUCCAGGCUGGCUGGACACCUGGGUCCCCACAUAGACUGGAGCUAGACCACAGUGGGACAAGGACACCUCCAGACGGGUUACCAGGGCCCCACAUGGAGGAGGCAGGUGGGCCCACGGCCCGGGCCAAGGCCCGAGUGGUAAGUGCCACAUUGACAUGGCGGCAGCGGCCCCCUGCCCAGGAAGAGGUCAAACACCAUUUUCACAAGGUGUCCCUCGUGUCAGGGGCCCAGACAGAAGCCUCCCAGAAGGAGUUCGGACACCGUGGAGAGGAAGUCAAUGGCUUUGCUACACAGGAAGCAGAGACUGUGAAUUACCAGGGCCCCUGGGAUACAGCUGACUCCAAGAACUUCCAGAGCCACGGGCCCAUCUUUUCCAAGAAGUACACACCGCCUCCCAAGGAGAAGAGGCCUGAGGGGAGGCUGAGGGCAGCUGUGGAUCAGACUGAUGGCAGCCCCCAAGCUCCCAGGACUGAGUCCCCACGUGUGGGAGCUACGGCCAGGACUGAGCUUUUGGUUCCUCUGCCUGGGCCCCGAGAGCCAAGUCCCCACCCAAGUGUGGGUCUCACCUGUGGGAGCUCCCGGAGCCUCGAGGAACACCGCGUGACGCGCACUGUACGGACCACCACGGUGGUGGGAGGUCAUGUGGACCGGCGGGUGAGCAGCUCUGUGACUGUGAAGCCAGUGUUCUCAGGCGAGGCCCUGCCACGAGGCCGUCAGGUCACCCGCGUGGUGCAGCCAGUGGUGCUGGGCUCCCCGCCAGGCUCGCCCAGGCACAGCCAGGCUGUGAAACUGCUAAGUAGACUUGUGCCUGCUGAGCACAGCCCCCCUGCCAGCCACCUGCCCAGGCCCAUGGCUGGCAUGCCACGGAGCCCAGGUCUGGGUGCCACAGUGGGGGCAGCCUUGAGGCAGCUGCCGGAGACUGAGACAGCAGAGCUUAAAGACAGCUCUGUCCUGGCUCCUACAGGCAUCCCGGCUGGUGCUUACCUGCCUAAGAAUCAGGAUGUCCCUGAAGCCUGUCCAGACCAAGACCAGGGCAGAGCCCCAGAUGCCAGGGCCUGUGAGCCCCCGCGGGUGCCGGGAGCCUCCAGCUCCACUGAGCCUCCUCUCCAGACUUCUCAGGGUCAAGCAUCAGUCCCUUCUUUUCCCAGACUCCAGACCCAUGUGCCCUCUCCUGGCCUAGCUCACCCCGCUGAGCAGCCUGUGGUGCCCACUCACCCCAGGGCCCAGCUCAGUCCCCAUGUUCUGCCCCCUAUAAAAAGGGAAGGGCUCGUGGACCUCCCUGCUGCUACUGUCCUGCCCAUGGUGAGGAGCGAGCAUGUGACAGUCCCUGACCAAGCCCUUGCUCCAUCUUCUACAAGAAGGAAGGCUGUCCCCAGCCCAGGAGGUCUUUCUGCUCCAUCGUCCCCAAGGAAUAAGUUUGUUCAGGACUCUGAUAAUGUUCCUGUCUUCCCCUUUACCCAGAAGGAGGUGGUGUGGGGCCCUGGUGCUCCAGCUGCCUUGUCCCCCACCUGUAAAGAGGUUGUGCAGGGCCCCGGUACUCCUGCUGCCUCAUUCCCCACCCAGAAUGGGGGCCCAGGUGCUCCUGCUGCCUUGUCUCCCAAGUCAGCUGAGGUUGUCCAAGGCCCAGAAGACAGCUCUAGCAUCCAAAAAGAGGCUGUCCAGGGUACUGCAGGCAGCCUCGCCACUCCCCUCACCAAGGAAGAGACUAUUCAAGGUCCAGCUGCUCCUGCCACCCCACUCUCCAAACAGGAUAAGGAGGUCCAGGACUCUGAAGGGAGCCCCAUCUCGUCUCUCACUCAGAAAGACACUGUGCAGGACCCUGCUGUUCCCCCUGCCCCAUCUUCCUCAGUGGACCAGGUGUCCCCCAGCCCAGGAGGCACCCCUGUCCCAGUGCCAAUAGAAGCAGAGGCCAGCACGGAGCCCCAGCUUGUCUCUGACCCCACCGAGGGCAAGAUGUGCCCAGAAACACCGAGGGAGGAGGAUGAGGUGGCCCUGACCGCUGACCUGGAGAUUUUCCUGGAUACCCUGCGGAGCAUGGAGCCCCCUGAGAUCCUCCGCACUCACCGGCUGCCAAGAGCCCCCCGCUCCUCCUACCUGGCCAUGUAUGCCACACUGCCUGCCAUUGAGGAGGACCAGCCAGGGCCAUGGGUGCUGGGCCCCAGCCCCCAGGAGGUACCUUCUCUGGAAGAGGAGGAGGAGAAGGAGGAGGAAGAGGAGGAGGAGGAACCAGAGAACCCCUAUCUGAGUGAUGACGAGAAGCUCCAGCUCAGGCAAGAGAAAGCUGGGCCCAGCCCCUCCUGGGACCUCCACCCUGCCAGGCCCACCCAGGCCUCCUGCUCUCCUCUGGAGAUGAUGAAGAAGCAUGUUGCGGGAACCAAGAGCCCUCACUCAGAGCUGGGGUUGGAAUUGCAGGGAAGGAGCCGGCCCACUUCCCGUCUCGGAGGCAGCCUUCUCUUCAGCAGUCUGGUGCCUGCCACUAAGGAAACCUCCACCCUGGAGCCGCUGGGCACAAAACUAUCUGCUCUGCCACCCCAUGGGGCACCAGGACUCAGGAAGGUGCCAGGACAGUUGCCCCUGCUCUGCAGUGAAAGACCGUCCCCACCGGAGAAGCUUGCCUGUGCCCUGCCCCUGGAGGGGUGGAGCCCAGCCUUAAAGACCCAGGGCAAGCUGAACACCAGGCCUGGAAAGGUUAUCUUCUUCUCAGAGUCUGGCUGCCAAGGCAGUGGCAGGGAGGUCUGGGGAGACAUUGCUGAUGCCUCCGGCUGGGCCCCCGUAGCCUCCAUAAGGGUAGUUCGAGGCUGCUGGGUACUGUAUGAAGAGCCAGAGUUCCUGGGUCAGAAGCUGGUCCUGCCUGAAGGAGACAUGGAACUCAGAGCCCCAGGGACAAAGUGGAGUCCCCAAGGCAUCGGCUCCCUAAGGAGGGUUAUCUGGGACUACAGCGCCCCGGAGAUCAGCCUCUUCUCUGAGGAGGGCCUCAAGGGGGAGCAAGUGAAGCUAACAGAGGCCUUGAAUAACUCCCAGGGCCUGGAGAAGCCCCUGCAGGUGGCAUCUGCCACUGUCUCUGCAGGACUGUGGCUACUAUACCCCAAACCAUUCUUUGAAGACACUCCCUACAUCCUGGAACCUGGAGAGUACCCCACAUCGGAGGCCUGGGGCACAUCAGAACCCAGCGUGGGCUCCCUGAAGCCCGUGACAUUGGGCUGCCCAAGCGUGGAGAAGCCAGGGGAGCCCAGGGCUGUGGUGUAUGAGGCCCCAGGCUUUCAGGGCCGCAGCUGGGAGGUGAGCCGAGACAUCUACAACCUUCAGCAGCCAGAGGACAGCCAGAGCCCCCACCUGGCCUCUGUGGGGUCCCUGAGAGUUCUUGGGGGCUGCUGGGUAGGCUAUGAGAAGGAGGGCUUCCGGGGCCACCAGUAUCUGCUGGAGGAAGGGGAAUACCCUGACUGGUCACACUGGGGAGGCUAUGAUGAGUUGCUGACCUCCCUCCGGGUCAUCCGCACGGACUUCGGGGACCCGGCCAUCGUGCUAUUUGAGGCCAUGGACUUUGAGGGGCACAGCGUAGAGGUGAGCAAGGCAUUGCCGGACGUGGAGCUGGUGCAACACGGCCCCAGCACACAGGCCAUACACGUGCUCAGCGGCGUGUGGGUGGCCUACCAGGAGGUGGGCUUCUCCGGGGAACAGUACGUGCUGGAGAAGGGUGUGUACCGUAACUGCGAGGACUGGGGCGCAGGUAACAGCGCCCUCGCGUCGCUGCAGCCGGUCCUACAGGUCGGGGAGCACGAUCUGCACUUCGUCUCAAAGAUUCAGCUUUUCUCCCUCCCCGACUUUCUGGGCGACCACUUCUCCUUCGAAGAUGACCAGGCCACUCUGCCCGCGUCCUUCCGACCUCAGUCCUGCCGGGUCCACGGCGGCAGCUGGAUCCUGUUUGAUGAGAAGAACUUCAAGGGUGACCAGCAUAUUCUCUCUGAGGGCGAGUUCCCCACUCUCACGGCCAUGGGCUGCCUAGCCUCCACAGUCCUGGGCUCUCUCCAGAAGGUAUCCCUGCACUUUUCAGAGCCUUCUGUUUUCCUGUAUGGACUUGAAUGCUUUGAGGGGAAGGAGAUCGAGCUUAGCAGGGAGGUGCGGAGCCUGCAAGCCGAGGGCUUCAACAACCACGUGCUGUCUGUGCGGAUCAAGGGGGGCAUCUGGGUGCUGUGUGAGCACAGUGACUUCCGGGGUCGCCAGUGGCUGGUGGGAAGCUGCGAGAUCACCAACUGGCUGACCUACAGCGGCACCCAGAGGGUGGGUUCGCUCUACCCCAUCAAGCAGCGCCGGGUUUAUUUUCGACUCUGGAAUGCAGCACUGGGGGGUUUCCUGUCAGUGCCGGAUCACGUGGAGGACAUGAAGGCAGGCCGUGUGGUGGUCUCUGAGCCCCGAGCUGGAGGCAGCUGCAUCUGGUACUAUGAGGAUGGGCUGCUGAAGAAUCAGAUGGCCCCCACCAUGAGCCUGCAGGUGAUUGGACCCCCUAGCCCAGGCUCCAAGGUGGUGCUGUGGGCUGAGAGCCGCCUACCACGCCAGACAUGGAGCAUCAGUGAAUCGGGCCACAUCUGCAGCCAGAUGUUCGAAGGCCAGAUCCUGGAUGUGAAGGGAGGCCGGGGCUACGACCGGGACCACGUGGUGCUAUGGGAGCCGGACAAGAACAGGGCGUCCCAGAUCUGGACCAUCCAUGUGCUUUGAACCUUUCCCCCUUAUCCUCUAGCCCUGGAGGCUUUGCUGGGAUGAAUGUUUUUAUAGGGUUUUUGUUGUAACAUAAGCUAUUUUCUAAUA